AUGUCAUCAUAUCCAGUGACGCAAUAUCUGAUCGAAAAAUACUAUGAAUCAACUAAUGAAUCACCCAAUUGUGGGAAAAUAAUUACUCCGACAACAACUAAGAACUUAUUAAAUGCACUAACAUCAAAAGAUUGGGGAAAACAAUCUACAAUUGAUGAAAAAAUAUGGACAAGUGAUUCGGAAACUUCAUUAGAUGAUACGGUUGAUACCCUGUUACUACCGUUACCACAAGCAGGAGAACAAGCAUAUGACGACAAGAAAGUCGAUUGUACUUCCACUUUGGAUAAAUGGAAAACUUGGUUAACAAGUAAGUUGACAGUAACAAAUUAUGAGCAAAAUUUACAGAUUAAAAACUUAUUGAUUCAAAAGGCAAAUUCAAUUUCAUACUAUCAAUGGCAUGACAUUUGUACGGAAUUAGAUAAUUUGACUAAUAAAAAAAAUUGGAAAUUGACUAAAGAAUCAAGCUUAUAUGAUUAUGAUCUUAUUGUGUCGUUAACUUGCGAAUUGAGAAAUUUACGUCUGUCAAAUGACUAUACACAUUUACUAUACUUAAUCAGAACAACAUGGGUAAGAAACUUAGGGGGUAUUGGGAAUGUCAACCUUUAUAGACAUUCUCAUGUAGGUACGAAGCAUAUUAUUGAUGAAUAUUUAAAAGAGUCCAACUUAGCCAUUGAAGCCCUCCUGACACAAUCUGACUUAGAUGAUUCUUAUCUGUUAGGGAUAUUCCAACAAUGUAGAAGAAAUAUUGGUAGAUCUGCAUUAGUAUUGAGUGGUGGGGCCACAUUUGGUUUAUUCCAUAUCGGUGUAUUGGCUUCACUUUUUGAAGCAGAUGUUAUGCCAAGAAUCAUCAGUGGUACAAGUUCAGGUGCCAUUGUGGCAAGUAUAUUCUGUGUUCAUACAACAGACGAAAUUCCAAGUUUAUUAGCAAAUGUCUUGAAUAUGGAAUUCAAUAUCUUUAAAGAUGAUAAAGAUAAAAGUGAUACAGAUAAUCUAUUAAUCAAAUUUUCAAGAUUUAUGAAAACUGGGACAUGGUUCGAUAAUAAACAUUUAGUAAAUACAAUGAUUACAUUCUUAGGAGAUUUAACAUUUAGAGAGGCAUAUAAUAGAACUGGGAAGAUUUUAAACAUUACUGUAUCCCCAGCAUCCAUCUUCGAACAAGGUCGUUUAUUAAAUAAUUUAACCGCCCCAAAUGUUCUUAUAUGGUCUGCUGUCUGUGCAUCAUGUUCUGUACCAGGUAUAUUCCCUGCUACACCAUUAUAUGAAAAGGAUCCAUUGACAGGGAAAGUUACUCAAUGGGGCGGGAAUAGAUCUGUUAAGUUCGUAGACGGAUCUGUCGAUAAUGAUUUACCAAUCCCAAGAUUAUCUGAAAUGUUUAAUGUGGACCACAUCAUCGCAUGCCAAGUAAAUAUGCAUGUUUAUCCGUUCUUAAAAUGUUCAGUAUCAUGUGUCGGUGGAGAGAUUCAAAAUGAAUUUACGGCUAAAUUGAAACAAUCAAUAUCAAAAAUCUAUAACUCAGUAAAUGAAGAAAUAAUUCAUUAUCUAGGUGUUGGUGCAGAAUUAGGUAUCGCGAGAAUGCCAUUAACUAAAUUGCGAUCAAUGUUAUCACAGACAUACUCAGGAAAUGUUACCAUUCUACCAGAUAUAAGCAUGGUUUCUCAAUUGCCAAACGUCUUGGUUAAUCCAACGCAACAAUUCUUAUUGCAUGAAACAAUGCUUGGUGCAAGAGCCACGUGGCCCAAGAUAUCAAUGAUCCGUAAUAAUUGUGGUCAAGAAUUAGCAUUAGACAGAGCAAUCACUCAUUUAAAGGAAAAAAUCAUUAUGUCCUCUUCAAUUAACAAUCCUUUGCAAUUUUCUGAUACAGUCUAUGGUCUAAUAAAAUUAUCCACAAAAGAUCAAAUAAAUCAACAGCACCAACAAUCGAAGAAGAAUAAUAAUGGGACAUUAGAUGAUAACCUUUUGGAAUCAGAAGAGUCAACAUCUUUACUAUUAUUACCAAAGGCUGCAUAUCGUCAAGGAAGAUCGCCAACUAUAAGCUUAGGGAAAUCAAGAAUUUCAACAGAGAUAGCAGACAUAAAGUUUCCACAGAGAAAAUCAGAACUUGCCGAUUUAAACUUAAUAGGACAAACUCGAAUAAAAUCAUCUUCAUUUUCCAUUCAAGCUCCAAUGGCAAAACGUAGGAUCUCCUUUUCAAAUAAACCUACUUCUAAGUUAUCGCCACCAUCAUUAUCAUUAUCAUCAUCUAGAAAAAAUGGAACAUAUACGAUACAACCAGAUCAUAGGAUUGAUUAUCAGAUAAGAAAUAAGUCUCCAUCUAAGAUUCGUAAGUCUAACUUGAAUACCAACUUAAGUUUAAAUAGUAGUCCCAAAUCAUCUGUAAUACGAUCAAAUUCUAAACCAAUAUCACCACCAAAAUUUAGAAAUAACCGAAGGUCCAAGAAGAUAAGGUCAAGAGCCUCUUCUCAUGCAGGAAUAACUUUCAAAAACAUUAAUGUCGAUGAUGGUAAAUAUACUCAAUCAUCGUCAUUCACUCCAAAUAUAUUUUACGAAGAAGAAACUGUAACUACAGAAGUGCAAACAUCCUCAUCGCCGUCAUCGUCACUAAUACUGGACCAAGAGGAUAAGAGAGAGCCUGAACAUAUUUAUGAUAGCUUGAACGAAUUCUUAAUUUCGGCACCAACAUCGUCUCCAUUGAAAAAGGGAAGUUUAUCUCAGUCCAGUAAUAAGUAA